GACUUCGAGGUUGGCAAGGCUGCGAAUGUCACGAAGAGGUUUUUGAGAUGGGGAACACGAUUUACGCCCACAUUACACAUCGAGACACGGCACCGAAUAAUUUUGAACCGCCAACAUUCGACCCCUUGUAUGGUUUUCCUAAUGGAAGGAAGGAAAGAGUGAUGGUAGCUACGCAGGAAGAGCUUGAGGCAGCUAGUGUGCCUCUGGAGAGAAGGGACUACUGCGCUCACCACUAUCUGGAGUUCAUGAGGUGUCGUCAAAAGAAGUUCCCCUGGAUAGCUGGAUGCAAACAUGAACAGCAUGACUAUGAUAACUGCCAAUACAAUGACUAUAUUUUGCGAAUGAAGGAGUAUGAAAGAGAGAAGAGACUGAAAGAAAGGGCCAAGAGACUCAAGCACAGAAACCAAGAAUUGCUUGUAGAGUGAUAAGGACUUCAUUGAAAAUUACAAAGUGAACUUUCUUUCUUUUGAGUUUAACAGUGCUACAGAUGGAUGAUUGAAUAUUUUGAUACGUGUUAUAAAAAAUUAGCUUGAAGUGGCAGUAGAAGAUAGUGAAUGUGGUUAGUGUAUCACCCGGAAUAGCACAUUCAGAUAUGUUACACAGUUGAGAGUUUCUGACCUCACAUAAUGGUGGUGAAGUUAUGAUGACAAAUAAAUUGUUUCAUUCAACAUUU